AUGUGGUUUAGCUUACCAAAAGUUGUCUUUCUUUGUUCAUUCAUUCCCUCUGCCUUUACCGCUGCAAUCACUCCACCCUCCCAGGAUUCGUUCUAUGACCAACCUAGUAAUAUAAGCGAGUACCUGGCCGGAGAAGUGAUUCGCUCUCGCUCAGUAACUCCUCAGCUAGAGUCCUUCUUAUCCUUGCCCGUGAAUGUCUCUGUCAAAGCGGUUUACCAGUAUCUUUUUCGGACAACAGAUAGCUUGGGUGAUGCUGUUGCCUCGGUCGUUACCUUGAUUGAACCGUACAGCUCAGAUCCAUCCAAACUCCUGGGCUAUCAGGCAUUUUACGACAGCGCCAAUGUGGAUUGUAGCCCAUCUUAUACACUGCGGACUGAAAAUCAAAACCUGGGGUUCUCUGUUUCCGGUCUGAAUGUUUCUGAGGAUAUUCCAUUUAUUGGUGCCGCUCUUAAUUUAGGUUGGUGGGUGUUCACCACCGAUUAUGAAGGACUGGAGGCCGAAUUCACAGCCGGGUUGCAAUCUGGACACGCGGUUUUGGAUUCCACUCGAGCUGUUCUGAGUGAAGGCCCCUCGGUUGGUCUAUCGCGCAAUCCAACUUAUGCGCUCUGGGGGUACUCGGGAGGCUCUUUGGCGUCUGGUUGGGCAGCAGAGCUGCAGCCGUCGUACGCCCCUGAGUUGAAUUUUGCAGGAGUUGCACUUGGAGGCACAACACCGAAUAUUAGCUCCGUGCUUGAGACCAUCAACAAAGGCUCACAUGCAGGGCUUGCUUUUUCUGGUAUCUACGGCCAGGCAAAAGCAUAUCCCAAUCUCACGGACUGGGUAAGCUCGAAUCUAAUUUCUUCUAAAUCGGCUGAGUUCUAUUCUAUUGCAAGUGGCUGUCUGUCACAGGCCAGUUCAGAUGGCGAAGACAAAGAUCUUUACACAUACUUCAAGAACGGGGAGGCAUCAUUCUAUGAAGCAGUGCCCAAGUCGAUCUUCCAGUGGUCUGGACAGAUGGGCUUGCAUGGGACUCCGAAUGCUCCAUUAUUUGUGUAUAAAGCAAUAGGAGAUGAAAUCAGUCCCGUGGCGGAUACGGAUGCCUUGGUUAGUAAAUAUUGUGCUGAAGGUGCUCGCAUUGAAUACCACCGGGAUUUAAUCGGCAACCAUGAAUCGGAGGCCAUUUCGGGGUCAGCAAGUGCCUUGGCGUGGCUGUCGGACCGCCUGGAUGGAGAAGAUGUCAGUAGUGGCUGUAGCACGGAAGAGGUGUUGCUCUCAUCUUUGAGCGUUGAUACGGUGCUCCUUCUCGGAGAAGAACUGUUUACAAUCCUUGAGACUACGCUGGGUGGGAUGCUGUAG